AUGGGUUUCUUGAAGCUGCUUGAAGUGGAGAAUUUCAAGUCGUACAAAGGAAGGCAGAUCAUCGGGCCAUUCAAGCCAUUUACAGCUAUUAUUGGUCCAAAUGGUGCAGGAAAGUCCAAUUUGAUGGAUGCCAUCAGCUUUGUAUUGGGAGACAAAGCCUCAAACUUGAGAGUAAAGAAGUUGUCAGACCUUAUUCAUGGAGCCCCUGUUGGUAAACCUGCAGCUACCAGGGCGUUUGUAACUGCUGUGUACGCUGAAGAGGAUGAAACUGAGAAAAAAUUCACUAGAACUGUGAUUGGUUCAUCAACAGAAUUCCGUAUUAAUGGUAAAGUGAUCAGUUUUGCCCAGUAUUCUAGUGAACUGGAGAAACUAGGUAUCCUUGUCAAAGCUCGAAACUUUCUGGUCUUCCAGGGUGCUGUAGAGUCAAUCGCAAUGAAAAAUCCCAAAGAACGUACUCAGCUUUUUGAAGAGAUUAGCCGGUCUGGAGAAUUAAAAGAAUCAUACGAGUCGCGCAAAGCCGAGAUGUUAAAAGCGGAAGAAGAUACGCAGUUCAAUUAUCACAAGAAGAAAGGCAUCGCUGCAGAGAGGAAGGAAGCAAAGUUGGAAAAAGAUGAAGCUGAACGAUACCAAAAACUAAAAGAAGACUUGUCAGCGGCCCAACUGGAGUUACAGCUCUUUAAGUUGUACCACAAUGAGCAGGAUAUAGACAGAUAUAAUGAAGAGCUGAAAAGCAAGAACAAAGAAGUUACAAAAGCCAUGGAAAGACGUGAAAAUGUGGAACAGAAGAUUAAAGCCAAGAAGAAAGAUCUGGGUACGCUUACUAGAGAAAUGACAUCAAUUGAAAAUGACAUCAAACGAAAGGAAAUAGAGUUGAAUAAGAAGAGACCACAGUACAUAAAAGCUAAGGAAAAGACUGCCCAUGUGAUCAAGAAAAUAGAAACUGCCAGUAAGAAAUCGUUGAAGUCUGCAAGGAAAGCACAUGAGGCCCAUCUUGGUGAGAUCCGUGAAUUGGAGCGAGAACUAGAUGAAGUUGAAAGAAGAAGACUGGACUUCGAAGAAAGAGCUGAAGAACAGAGUCAGAGUCAAGGACGUGAUUAUCAACUUGAAGAUUCGCAGGUGAAAGAGUACAAUCAUUUGAAGGAAGUAGCUGGUGCUCAGGCCGCUCAGUAUCUCCAGGAAUUGGAAAAGUCAAACAGAGAACAGAAAUCUGAUCAGGAUAGGUUAGACAGCGAGAGACAUAAGAAGAAUGAAUUACAGGCUAAAGUGAAACAGAAAGAACAUGAAAUAGAGGAAAAUCAAAAAAGAUUAGAUAAAUUGAAUGAUUACAUUGCAACCAGCGAAGGUGCAGUUAAUGAUCAAAAAGAAUUGCGGGAUCGUCUUGACGAGGAAGUGCGAUCGGCAGAUUCACGAAUCAAAGAAAUUAACAUUGAAUUGCAGUCUGUGAUGGAUCAACUUGGUGAAGCGAAAGUUGACAAACAUGAAAGUGCAAGACAUUCCAAGAAAGUAGAGUUAUUAGAAAACCUGAAGAGGCUGUUUCCAGGUGUGUAUGGUCGCCUGAUUGACCUGUGUGAGCCUAGUCAGAAGAAAUACCAGAUAGCUGUGACUAAAGUACUGGGUAAAAAUAUUGACGCCAUCAUAGUAGAUUAUCAGAAGACUGCCAGGGAUUGUAUUCAGUACAUGAAAGAACAGAGAUCUGAUCCGGAAACUUUCUUACCCUUAGAUUAUCUAGAUGUUAGACCUACCAAUGAGAAACUCAGAGAAAUUCGUGAGCCCAAAGGUGUAAAGUUAGUCGUUGAUGUAAUUCGAUUUGAUCCCCCACCAGUGAAAAAAGCAUUGCAGUACGCAUGUGGCAAUUCAUUGGUGUGUGAGUCCGUAGAUGACGCCCGUAGGGUGGCAUUUGGUGGUGCUGAGCGACACAAAGCUGUGGCAUUGGAUGGUACUAUGUUUCAAAAAAGUGGUGUUAUAUCAGGUGGGGCAAGUGAUUUGAAAGCCAAAGCGCGUAGAUGGGAUGAGAAGAGCUUGAACAAGUUGAAGUCACAGAAAACCAGUCUGACGGAUGAGUUGAAGGAACUGCAUAAAUCCAAGAGAAAGGAGUCAGAGCUGAACACCAUUAAGUCUCAGAUCAGUGGCUUGGAAACUAGACUCAAAUAUUCCAUUAAUGACAGAGAAAAUACAAAAAACAAGACACUGGUUAAUAAUCAAAAAGCCAAGCAAAAGUUUGAAAGAGAUCUGGAAGGUUUUGGGCCACGAAUGGAAGCCAUUGAAGAACAGAUAAUGCUGAGGGCAGAACAGAUCAACAAAACAAAAACAAAUAUGAAUAAAGUAGAAGAUGAGGUUUUCUCUGAUUUCUGUCGGGCUAUCGGAGUGAAGAAUAUAAGACAGUAUGAAGAAAAAGAGCUGCGUGUGCAGCAAGAAAGAGCCAAGAAGAGACUAGAGUUUGAAAAUCAGAAAUCACGUUUAGCUAAUCAGCUGGAGUAUGAACGUUCCAGGGAUACAGAUGCUAACGUCAAGAAAUGGUCUAAAAAUAUUGAGCAUGAUGAGAAAGAGUUAAAGAAGUUAAAAGAUGAAGAAACCAAACAGAUGAAGGUGAUUGAUCACGAUUCCGAAACUGUGACCAAAUUGAAGUUUUCCAAGACAACAAAAAAAUCAGAAAUUGAUGACAAAAACGGUGAAAUUGAAGAGAUAAGGAAAAAGGUUAAUAGCUGCCAGAAAGAUAUUACUGCCAUACAGAAACAGAUAACUGCCACGGAGACAAAGCUAGAACAGAAAAGAGCUGAUAGACACAGUCUACUCAAAGCCUGUAAAAUGGAUGAUAUUAGGCUGCCAAUGAAGCGUGGCACUAUGGAUGACAUUACGCAAGAAGGAGAGUCUUCAAGUCAGGUUGAAGCAAAUGAAAGUGGAUCUAUAACAGGAAUGGACAGCAUGAGCAGCCAGGGUGCUAAAACUAUUUAUGCCAAAGAGGCUAAUAUUAUUAUAAAUUACAGACAUAUCAGAGAGGAACUGAAAGAUUGUGAUACGCAUGAGGAAGUGAAAGAAAUGAACGAUAAAUUAAAUGUAGAAGUCAGUAACAUGCAAGCAACAAUACAGAGAAUAUCGGCACCAAACAUGAAGGCCACAGAAAAGUUAGACGGUGUGAGGGAACGAUUCCAGUCAACUGCUGAAGAGUUUGAACAUGCUAGAAGGAGGGCGAAAAAGUCCAAACAGCAAUUUGAAAUUGUCCGAAAAGAAAGAUUUGACAGGUUUAAUAAUUGUUUUGAACAUGUGUCUGUCAGAAUUGAUGACAUUUAUAAGGCACUAUCGAGAAAUCAAAGUGCACAAGCAUUUCUUGGUCCUGAAAACCCAGAAGAACCAUAUUUAGAUGGUAUCAACUAUAACUGUGUAGCUCCAGGUAAAAGAUUCCGACCAAUGGACAAUUUAUCUGGUGGCGAGAAGACCGUAGCUGCUUUAGCUUUGCUGUUCGCUAUACAUAGUUACCAACCAGCACCGUUCUUUGUCUUGGAUGAGAUUGAUGCGGCUUUAGAUAACACUAAUAUUGGCAAAGUAGCAAGUUACAUAAAAGAACAGUCAGACGGUCAUUUCCAGUGUAUCGUCAUUUCACUGAAAGAAGAAUUCUACACUAGAGCUGAUGCUCUCAUUGGUAUCUACCCCGAGCAAGGUGAUUGUGUUAUCAGCAAGACGUUAACACUGGACCUCACCCAGUAUCCUGAUCCUACACGAUCUUCCGGCCCAGGCAGUCCGACGAAGACAGGGCGAUGAAAUCUUAACAACCCGUGAAAAAUAUCAGCAUUUAACAAAUUUUUAUAAUGAAUAAAUGUUUUGUUUUUGUGUGCGUCUGUUUUAACUCAUUACAUUGGUGUAAUCAGCGUCUAUUUAAUAGUUGUAGUUCGUCCAAACUCUUAUAUAACCAUAAAUGUUAGCGAACAUCCAAUUUUCAAAGGUCAAUGAACUGUUUGCUUGUUCAUAUUCCAAUCUAUCGUACAACAGAAGCUUAUUGUUUUAAAACUGGAAUUAAAUUGCAAAGAUAUUGACAUUUCAUCGUAUAUUUCAUUGUGAUGGUUACAACAAAGAUCUGCAACAUUCCUCUAUAAUUCAUUGGGAGUUGAUUAUUUAAAAAAAAAUGUUAUCAUUGUUAGUUAUCAGACUUGAUAUGAUUAAUUUUCCGUUACAAAUGAUUCAUGAAUGUGCUUUUUAUCUAAUUGACUGAAAACUGUUAAAUUAUUGUUCUCAUAUUUUUCUAGAUUUUUUUUCUACUAGGAUUUUUUAAAUCAAAUUGGCGAUAUUAAUAUUUUGUAGAGUUUUACGACU